CACAAAUGCAAACAAAUCGAAUGUUUAAUAAUCAAUUUAGAUCACCAAAAAAUUUUGCCAAUAAUAAUAAUACAACACUUAUUAUAAAUAAUUCACCAUCUCGUUUUAAUAAUAAUAAUCAUCAUCAUCAUCAUCAACGAAUAUCAAAAACAAACGUUAACAAUAAUAAUAAUGUUGAGAAACACCUAUCAAACAAUAGUAUUAUAAACAAUGGUGAACGAUGGAAUAUUGAUGAUGAUAAUCGUAAUAUAAAUCAACAUAAACAGCAGCCAAAAAAUGAUCUAGUCAAGUCAACAACAAUAAGAAUGAUCAACAACGAUCAUCAUCAAUAUUAAUGAAUAAUAAACAGUCAUUAUCACCAAUUAUUAAUAUUCCAUUGAAUAAUAAUAAUAAUAAUCGAAAAAAUAUUCUAAUAAAACAACGACAAAAAGGUCUAUCACAUUCAAUAACUGAUUUAAGAGAUUUAAAAGAAAAAUCCAAACGUUUAAUGGAUCCAAAUCAUCAAAAUUGUUGUAAUGAUCAUUUUGAAUAUGAAAUUAAAGAACGUCGUAUCGACAUGUAUAUUGCUGAAAUUGAAAUGGAUCCAGUGUUUCAAUUGGGAUCAACAAUUCGAGCAAUAUAUGAUGGCGAUGAACAUGAUCGUUUUAUGGAAAAACUUGAUAUGCGUAUCAAGAAUCAUGAUAAAGACAUUGAAAGAAUGUGUAAUUGUCAUUAUCAAGGAUUUGUUGAUUGUAUACAUGAAUUGCUUAAAGUACGGCCACAAGCACAGGAUUUAAAAAGUGAAAUCAAUCAAAUAAAUCAUGAACUAUUGAAAUCAUCGGAAAAUAUUCAACGAAAAGCCGAUGAAUUGAUAAAAUAUCGUCGUGUAUUGUGUAAUACAAAAACAGCAAUCGAAUAUUUACAGGAAUGUUUACCAAUGUUGGAAACAUUUUCUAAACUUGACCAACAGAUGAAUGAAAAAAAGUAUUAUUCAGCAUUGAAAACAUUGGAACAAUUUGAAAGAUUAUAUAUGUCUAAAUUUAAGAAAUAUCGUUUUGCACAAACAAUGUGUUUACGUGUGCCUAAAAUACGCGAAACAAUUAAAAAAGAAUCAAUGAAAGAUUUAAAAGAUUUUCUUGAAAAUAUUCGUCAAUUGACAUUUAAAAUUGGUGAAAUUGCAAUGAAAAAUACGGCCAUUCGUUACAAAUCUAAGGAUUUUGCUAUGAUUUUAUCAACAACUACAACAUUGAAUAAUCGUGAUAAAAAUAUUGAUCAUUCAAAAUACAUUCGAUCAUCAAAUGGUGAUAAAAUAAAUGGAUUAAAUCAAAAUGAUGAUGACAAUAAUAAUAAUAAUGGUAUCAAUUCAGAUAAUGAAGAUGAUUACAUGAUGAUGAUACAAGAAGAAUUAAGUGCAACUGAUUUAGUCGAUUUUAGCCCGGUUUAUCGUUGUCUACAUAUAUUUGGUUGUCUUGGUGCACGUGGUCAGUUUGAAUCAUAUUAUCGACAACAACGAAAACAACAGGCACGUCUUAUUUUGCAAUCAUUUUCAAUUACACCACCACAAUCAUUAUCAGUUUCUGCUGCUGCUGCUGCUGCUAGUAUUACAAAUGUUUUUAAUCGAGAAAAUUUUAAAAAUUAUUUAUUCGGUGUUGUCGGAUUUUUUGUCAUCGAAGAUCAUCUAUUGAAUACAUCGAAUGGUUUGGUUACGAAAGAAUAUCUGGAAGAAAAUUGGAAUGAUAUUAUAAAAUCAUUGAUUGAAUCGAUUCAUUUUCAAGCUACAUUAUGUCAGGAUUCUGAACAAAUGUUAUACAUGAAAAAUAUGUUAAUGUUAUUCUGUGAAACUACACACAAUUAUGGUUAUGCCGUAGAAUCGAUUAUGAAAUUAUUGGUCGAACUUCGACAACUGUAUACGGAUAUUCUUCUCAAACAAUGGUCACUAGUCUUUCGAAAAAUUUUCGAUUCCGAUACUUAUCAUCCAUUGGUGGUGAACAAUAUACGUGAAUUUAAUGAAUAUUUCAACGAAUUGAAUGGUGAUGAAUUACAAAUGUUCAAUGAUAAUGAUGAUACCAUACAAAAAAUGGAUACUUUUCCAAAACGAUUUUCAUUCUCACUAUUUGUACCACAAGUGUAUAAAAAAGUUAAAGAAUUCAUCAUUGUUUGUUUGAAAUUUAUUGAAGAUUUAAAUCUUAGUGAUAGUGAUAAAGAAGAUACUGUGCGAAAAUCAACCAAUCUAUUAUUGACAAGAACAUUGAGCGAUUCACUUUCUAGUCUAAUUAAAAAGCCAAAUCUAGGCCUAUUACAAUUGAUACAAAUAUCAAUCAAUACAAAUUAUCUAGAAGAAUCAAGCAUUGCAUUAGAAGUGUUCAUUUCCGAAUUGAUUCAUCGUAAAAAUACUAAGGAAAAAUCAUCGGAUAAUUUUACAUCAUCAAAUCGUCUUAAAUAUUCAUUAUCAUUAUCGGAACCGGCAUCACAAUCACAUCUAGCACGAUUACAAGGUCGUACAAUGUUUAAAGAUUCCCGAUCCGAAGCUGAAUCACAGAUCUAUAUUCAAUUGAAUAAUAAAAUUGAAGAAUUUUUCUCUCUCGCCAAUUAUAAUUAUAUGUUAUCCGAUUCACCGGGUAAAGCAUCCAGUUAUAUUCUUGAUUUGAUGGCUUUUCUAAAAUCAACAUUCGAAGCAUUCACAAAUCUUCCAUCAAAAGUUGCUCAAACUGCCUGCCUAUCAGCAUGUAAAUUUAUUUCAUCACGUUUAUUGAAUAUAUUAUUGGAAGAUGAUGUAAAAGCCAUUUCACAUGGUUUUCUACAACAAUUCAAUCUUGAUUUAAUGCAAUGUGAAAUGUUUGCCGGUAGUGAACCGGUUAAAGAAUUCGAAGAAGGUGCAUUACAAUCCUGUUUUGCUGAACUACGACAAACAAUGGAUCUUUUCAUUGAAUUCGAUUCAUGGAGUACAUAUUUUGCUGAAUAUGGUAAAAAUGAAUCCCGUUAUUUACGUGUGAAUCCACAGACGGCAUUAAUUUUAUUGGAAAAAUUAGUACGUGGUGAUAAUAAAAAGACAAUAUUUUCAGCAUUAUCCAAAAAUGAACGUGACAAAAAGAAUAAGAUUGAUACUAUAUUGAAAAAGCUUAAACAAUUAAUAACAAAUAAUUAAGAAUACAUUUCAGUGCCAAUCGAAUCGGUCAAAAAUUUUUUAAUUAUUCAUUUCUU